GUUGCCUCUUGGAUGGAGCGCCCCCCGACGUGCCGCCGCGGAACGUGGCCAUGAGUCGCAUGAACGGCCGGAGCGGCGGCCACUGCGGCCUGGGCAGCACCCUGCCGCCCAUGAGCUCCCUGGGGGGCCAUGGGGGCCACGGCGUCCACGGCAGCCUCAACACCUUCGGCGGCCAGGGGGGCCACGGGACGCUGCCCAACAUGGCCAACAUGACCAACCUGGGCGUGGGCCUGGGUGGCCAGGACCCGGACGGCGAGUUCGAGCCGUCGUGUCUCGUGCGCACCCCGUCCGGCAACGUGUACAUACCCACAGAUGUUUCGAAGAAUUCUCAGCUGGACUACAAAUCCAAUUCUUCAUGUAGUAGUCCUUCAAAAGGAGAAAAUUUGAAAAAAUCUGAAAGGGGCACCCUGCCCUUUGGAGCUGCUGUCCCAGUUUUGCCAGUUCGCAAUAAUUUAAGGAGACCUAACUCAGGCCACUUUUCACAACCAAGGUUGCAUUUUAGAAAAGGAUUGGCCGCUAGAUGUUCAUGGAAAUGCACAUCAAUAUGUUUUAUUUCCAUCACAAUUGUUCUCAUUGCUAUCAUUGCAUACAUGAUGUCAGCAGCCAACCUUGUUUAUUGGUCCUAUCAAAGUUCUAAAUCAUGCACUGUGCAUGUGAAUGAGAAUGCUGAGCCAUUUCCCAAAACUACUUCACCAGAAGUAUCGGUGAAUCGGUCAUCCACUAACCGUCCAAGGCCAGCUACAUCGUCAGGAGGUAAAACGUUUGUUGCCACAACGCACAUGCAGCCUGGUUUGAACUCUAAAUCUCGAAAACGUAGAGACACUAGAACAAAGCAUGAAGUAGUUUCAUCACCUUACAGCACUUCAGUAAUUACUGAUAAUCCACCCUCUAUAGAGAGCCCUGCAUCUGUAGAGUCUAUUGAGCUUGAAUCUGACCAUCUUUUGUUGCAUGAUGGGGAUUUGCAUGGUGUUGGGUAUAGUUUGGAUGCUUUUCCUUCCAUGUUGAAAGAAGAUGAUGUAGAAGAAAAUGGUUCUGGUGGUAGCUUGCAGCAUGCAGUACUUGAGUAUAUGUCCUCAACUGAACCAAGUGUGGCAGUGACUAAUCAAAUUAAUCUUGGUGGCACUAACAAGGCUCCAAAUAAUUAUUUGCAUACAUUUGGAGAUAUUAACCCAACUUCAGCUGGCUUAGGGGAUACCUCUGAAGUACCUUUUGUAGAUGCUGAAGUAUUUGAUCAUCAAGAUGGUUCUACUAAAAGUGAUGUGGAAAGAGAGAUUCCUCCUGCUCCCCUUGAAAUUGCAGUAACGGAUGACACACUAAAUAAUGAUCUCGACAAGAUAAAAGAAAAUUUUAACUCUGAAGAAGAAAAGCCUCAGCAAGAUUCGCCAGUUUAUGCGUACGGAUCUGAUAAUAUUGAAUUUAUUGAGCUUAAACAAGAUCCAGAAUUGUCGGUGAAGGGUUCAAACGAGCAUGUGGAUGACACUCAGUAUGAAUCAACACUUGAUAUUGGUAAAGAUGAAACAUUUCAAAGUUCAGGUGAAAAUGAAGUCAAUGGAAAUAUAUUCAGUGGCAACAGGACUUCUCCUAAUCUCGUACUUAAUGUUUCAUCAGAUUCGGUGCAUGUUGAAAAUACUUCUCAAACUCUCCUGCAAAGUCGAAACACUCACAAAACCAAUCUUGAAAGCUUUUCACCUCCAUCUUUCUCAGGCUUGAGUCCUAACCAAAAGACCUUGGCUCAUAAAAAUGUGACUAAUCAAUCUGUACUUUUAGAGACAUCUCAUCAUACCAAGCGUGUACUUGUGAAUGUAACUAUUGCUACUGAAGAAAAUGGAGAUAAUCAAGAAAAACAUCAACAGGUUUAUGUUCUUUCUGUAGCUGUUCCUUCUGAUGAAGAUUCCUCAAAUGUGCAUGCAGAAUCCAUUGAUCUGAGCCCUCCUCAGCAAAAUAUUGCUUCAGUGCACCUUGGCUUAAAGGGAGGGAGCUCAAAUUUGUCUCAACAUUCUACUUUAAGACCCUCAGGAUUGCUUCCCACGCCAUCUUCUUCUACACAUCAGUCAUGGGGUGGUCAUUGCAAGUGCUCGUGCCCCUGCCUGGAUGUCAAAUCUAGUUCAAAGAAUGAACAACACUCAAAUUUGUCCGUAAUUUCAGGAAACCAUGAAGUGGCUGAUCCAACUAAUGUAAAUGACACAAGACAAGUUGAUGUCAAUACUGAUCGCUACACUCCAAAACUGAACCAUACUUCCCAUACUGCCAAUAAGGAUGCCAGUGAAACUGAUAACUUAGUUACAUCAAGCCAAGUUUCUCCCUUGUUUAUUGAAUCAAAAGAGAUAUUAAACACCACCUUAAAUAUAUCCGAUGUCACUGAAAACUCUUUGUAUGAAGAGCUAUUUCCAACAUUUGAGCUAGAAGGGGAUUCAUUUGAAGAUACUUCACCCAAUCCCACAACUGAGCCACAACUAGAUACAACAACCCAAGAGCAAUGUGUGCAGCCCACUCAGCCUCCUCCUAUCAUCCUUUUAUUAGAAGGAGCAAAGACAGUUCCAAUGAGGACUUUCCCUCCUGAUGGUACUACAUUUGCACAAGUUCAACUCGGGCAGAGGUUGUCACAAGAGAUUCCUGCUUAUGGGUAUUGGAAUAUGCAGUUCUAUCAGUCAAGGGCAGCAUUUGUGUCAUUUGAUUGGAGUAUACCUCGCGGUGCUUCCAUUGGCGUUUAUGCCAGAAGAAAUGCUCUUCCAACUCACACUCAUUACGACAUUCUAGAGGUUUUGUCAGGUUUUAAGCCUCGUCAAGUUAGAUCUACUCAUCCGCUCAUGAAAAAGGAAGUUAGCCACUACUUGGAACAGGGUCACUGGUUCCUUUCCUUAUACAAUGAUGAUGGAGAUCCGCAAGAAGUCUCAUUCAUGGCUGCAGUUUCUGAAGAUCUUACCACCAAUUGUCCUAAUGGUUGCUCGGGUAAAGGAGAAUGCAUACUGGGGCACUGUCAGUGUAAGCCAGGAUUUGGAGGGGAAGACUGUAGUGAAAGUGUAUGUCCAGUGCUAUGCAGUCAGCGCGGUGAGUAUAUCAAUGGCGAGUGUCAUUGCAAUCCAGGAUGGAAAGGAAAGGAAUGCAGCUUGAGGCAUGAUGAAUGUGAAGUGCCUGAUUGUAAUGGACAUGGGCAUUGUACCAAUGGAAAAUGCACUUGUGUCCAUGGUUUCAAAGGGAAAUUUUGUGAUCUAGUGGAUUGUCCACAUCCCAACUGUACGGGUCAUGGAUACUGCACAUCCGAAGGAAGUUGUCUCUGUAAACGUGGUUGGAAGGGAGCUGAUUGUUCUGUUACUGACAGUGAUGCACUUCAGUGCCUUCCAAAUUGCUCAGGACAUGGUUCAUUCGACUUGGAAACACAGACUUGUACUUGUGAACGAAUGUGGUCAGGAGAUGACUGUUCCAAAGGUAAUAAAAACUCUUUAAGAUAUGUUUUUUUUAAAUUGUAUUUUUCAAGGAACUUAUUAUUUAUUUCUUUUUUCACAGAACUGUGUGAUAAGGACUGUGGACCACAUGGUCACUGCAUGGGUGAUAGUUGUAUAUGUGAUUCUGGGUGGUCGGGAGAGUAUUGUAUGCUCAAACAGUGUGACCAAAGAUGCAAUGAACAUGGCCAAUGUAAGAAUGGGACUUGUCUUUGUGUCACUGGCUGGAAUGGAAAGCACUGUACAAUGGAAGGCUGUCCCAAAGGUUGCGCUGGUCAUGGCCAGUGUCGAGUUAAUGGAGAAGGCCUAUGGGAAUGUCGUUGCUAUGAGGGCUGGGAUGGGAAAGACUGUGGUGUACCCCUUGAGCAAAGUUGUUCAGAUCAGAGGGAUAAUGACAAAGACAAUCUUAUUGAUUGUCAAGAUCCUGAGUGUUGUACAAACCCACAGUGCAGGUCAUCUCAAUUAUGUAUUACUUCUCCUAAGCCAAUUGACAUUUUGCUUCGGAAACAACCCCCAGCUAUUACAGCUUCAUUUUUUGAACGCAUGAAGUUCCUUAUUGAGGAAGGUAGUCUACAGCGAUAUGCCAAGCAGGAUGCUCUAAAUGAAAGUGUGUUUUGGAAUCACUUCAAUAUGAGCCGCUCUGCUGUUGUCCGAGGCCGAGUAGUUACCUCUAUGGGAAUGGGUAUGAUGGGAGUACGAGUUGGUACAACAAAUAUAAAUGAUGGAUACACGAUGACCCGUGAAGACGGAUGGUUUGAUCUUCUACUGAAUGGGGGUGGUGCGGUCACUCUGAAAUUUGGCCGUUCCCCUUUCCCAGCUGUUCAAUAUGUUGUGAAUGUGCCUUGGAAUGAGGUUGUUGUAAUUGACACUGUUAUCAUGGAAGUGGGAGAUGACAGAUCUGCGAUUUUAGCCUCAGCCUCACCACCAUCUCAAGCCUGUCAAGCACAUGAUUAUGAUAUUAUGAAACCUGUUGUCUUGGCAACAUGGAAACAUGGAUUUCAAGGCGCUUGCCCUGAUAAAAGUGCUAUACUUGUUGAAUCUCAGGUGGUACAGGAAAGUAUCCAGAUCCCUGGUACUGGCUUGAAUUUGGUGUAUCACAGUUCUCGUUCUCCUGGAUAUUUGUCAACAAUUCAAUUACAACUUACACCUGAGGCUGUGCCACCAGCACUGAAACUGAUUCACUUGCGCAUUACAAUCGAAGGAAUACUUUUUGAGAAAGUUUUUGAAGCUGACCCAGUCAUUAAGUUUACUUAUGCUUGGAAUCGACUCAAUGUAUACCGGCAGCGUGUCUAUGGUGUCACUACAGCUGUUGUGAAAGUGGGCUAUGAGUACAGCAAUUGUUCAGAUAUCAUUUGGGAUGUCCAGACAACUAAACUGAGUGGGCAUGACAUGAGUAUAUCAGAAGUGGGUGGCUGGAAUUUGGAUAUCCACCACAGAUAUAAUUUCCAUGAAGGAAUCUUGCAGAAAGGCGAUGGAUCAAAUCUUUACCUCAAACAAAGACCACAUAUCAUCAGAACAAUCUUGGGUGAUGGACAUCAGCGAUCUGUCGAGUGUCCUGAGUGUGAAGGUGAAUCAGCAGCAGGUAGUCAGAGGCUAUUGGCUCCAGUUGCGCUUGCAGCCGCUCCUGAUGGUUCCUUAUUUGUGGGAGACUUUAACUUAGUACGUCGAAUUUUAACUGAUGGCACAGUGAGAACAGUUGUCAGGCUAAAUGCAACAAGAGUUGCCUAUCGGUAUCAUCUCUCACUUAGUCCUCUAGAUAAUACAUUAUACAUAUCUGAUCCUGAAGCUCAUCAAAUCAUUCGAGUAAGGAAUGUUGAUGACUAUUCUGAUCCAGAUCAUAAUUGGGAGCCAGCUGUCGGGUCAGGGGAGAGAUGUCUCCCUGGUGAUGAAGCCCAUUGUGGUGAUGGAGCUCUUGCGCGAGAUGCAAAGCUUGCCUAUCCUAAAGGGGUUGCAGUUGCUGCAGAUAAUGUAUUAUACUUUGCUGAUGGUACAAAUAUUCGCAUGGUAGACCGUGAUGGCAUUGUCACAACUGUUAUUGGAAACCACAUGCACAAAAGUCACUGGAAAUCAGUGCCAUGUGAAGGAACUCUGCGAGUUGAAGAGGUUCACUUACGAUGGCCCACAGAUCUUGCUAUCAAUCCUCUAGACAAUUCUCUACAUAUUAUUGAUGAUCAUGUAAUUCUGAAACUGACAAGUGAUGGAAGAGUCAAAGUCGCAGCUGGUCGACCUAUUUUGUGCACUGGUCCUCCAGCUACUCACGAUUCAGAGUUAGCAACACAUGCAGCAUUAGUGAUGCCACAGUCUAUUGCCUUUGGACCUUCAGGUGAUCUAUAUGUUGCAGAAAGUGACUCUCAACGAAUUAACAGAGUACGUGUCAUUGGUACUGAUGGCAAAAUAAGCCACUUUGCUGGAGCAGAAUCAAAAUGCAACUGCUUAGACCGAGGAUGUGACUGUUUUGAGGAAGACCAUUACCUUGCAGCUACAGCAAAAUUCAAUACUAUUUCAUCAAUUACUGCCACACCUGAUGGGGUUGUUCAUAUUGCAGAUCAAGCAAAUUACAGGAUACGCUCUGUUACUGCUAGCAUUCCUGAAGCUAGUGCAACCCGGGAGUAUGAAAUCUAUCAACCAGAGACUCAAGAAGUAUAUGUCUUCAAUAGAUUUGGUCAACACAUAGCUACCAAGAACCUGCUGACUGGCGAAACUUUGUAUCUUUUCACUUACAAUGUCAACACAAGUAAUGGGAAAUUGAGUACUGUCACUGAUGCCCAAGCAAACAAAGUUUUUCUUCUGAGAGAUUAUUCCAGUCAAGUCAAUUCUAUUGAAAAUACAAAAGGGCAAAAGUGUCGCCUUCGAAUGUCACGCAUGCGCCUCCUUGCUGAGCUUUCUACACCUGACAAUUAUAAUGUCAGUCUUGAUUAUCAUGGACCAACUGGUCUACUAAAAUCCAAACUUGAUAGCACUGGACGAAGCUAUGUUUACAGUUAUGAUGAAUUUGGAAGACUAACUUCUGCUGUGACUCCAACUGGUCGCAUUGUUGGUCUGGAAUUUGAUUUAAGUCAAAAAGGUGCAAUGGUUCGUGUUAAACAGGAUGGAAGAAGACCUGAAUCUCUGCUAAUCAAAGGAUCGUCUGUGGUCACAAAGCUCGGAGAAGCCCGACAGAAAACAGUGUUAUUUGCUGAUGGUAGUGUUGCCACAACUACACCAUGGGGGCAUACUAUUAGUACAGAUACUGUACCUUACAAUGUUCUCUCAGACAUUGAUCCUAUGCUUGGCGAGAGUUAUCCUGUGCCUGCAAAGCAGAGAACUGAGGUUGGUGGAGAUUUGGCCAACAGCUUUGAGUGGCGUUAUUUCCGAGGUCAAAGCAUGCAAGGGCAAGUCAACACAAAAACCAAAGCAAUUGCCAAAGUUGUAGGUCCUGUUGGACGAAAGCUUCGGGUGAAUGGAGAGAACAUUCUUGCUCUGGAGUACGAUAAGGACUCCAAUUCAGUGGCAGUUUUCAUGGAUGACAGGGUAGAACUUAUAAAUAUUACUUAUGACAGGACAGCCCGUCCUAUCAAGUGGGGUCCCAGAAAUGGCAUUUUCUCUGGUGUGGAACUUGAGUAUGAUCGCUUCUCUCGUCUUACAAGCUGGAAGUGGGGUGAGCUGAGUGAAACCUAUGGCUUUGACAGAGCUGGCCGUCUCAAUGAAAUUCGUUAUGCUGAUGGUUCAUCACUACAGUAUGCUUUCAAGGACCAGUUCAGUAGUUUGCCAUUAAAGGUAACAACUCCUAGAGGAUCAGACUAUCUGUUACAAUAUGAUGAAGCUGGUGCCUUGCAGUCACUAACUACUCCAAGAGGACAUAUUCAUGCAUUUAGUCUUCAAACAUCUCUAGGAUUUUUCAAGUAUCAAUACUAUUCCCCUGUCAAUAGACAUCCGUUUGAAAUUCUGUACAAUGAUGAUGGGCAAAUUAUUGCCAAAGUAUACCCCCAUCAAUCUGGAAGGGUUGCUUACGUGUAUGAUCAAACCGGAAAAUUAGAUACUGUACUUGCUGGUAUGUCUUCAAUUCACUACAGUUACCAAGAAAAUUCUAAUGUUCUGAAAUACAUUGAUAUCAUAGAGCCACACUUUGAACUAAAACAUGAAUUUAAAUAUCAUGGAGGCCUCCUGAAGAAUGAAAAGUUGCAAUUUGGAAGUAAAACUGGUCUAGACAACACCCAUUACAGGUAUCAAUAUGAUGGAAAUGCACGACUCUCAGCUGUUGAUGUUGACAUAAAUAGUAAACAGUUACCUCAGAUACGCCUUAAACACAAUCAGAAUUUGGGAAUGCUUGAGAGUAUUAGUGAUCUUCGUAUAUUCCGAAAUAUGUUUAACAAAUCUGUCAUGCAAGACAAUGCCAAACAGUUUCUUACAAUUAUUGAUUAUGAUAGCCAUGGUCGCAUAAAGUCCGUUCUUAUCAACAUAAAAGCAUUUGAUGUGUUCAGGCUUGAGUUGGAGUAUGACAAAAGGAAUCGUAUUAAGACCCAACAGUUUUUGAUUGGGAGAACAUCAUCAAUGGAUCGGAUAACUUAUAACGCUGAUGGACAUGUGAUGGAAGUUGUUGGUAGUGGAGCUAAUAAUUGGAAAUUUGUGUAUGAUGAAAAUGGAAAUGUGAUUGGAGCUAUUGAUCAAGGUCACAAGCAGUCACUUGGAUAUGAUUUAGGUGACCGUGUUGUACAAGUUGGUGAUGUUGAACUUAUAAAUUAUGACUCAAGAGGUUUUGUUAUACGUCGUGGAGAGCAAAAGUAUAGGUAUAAUCCUAGAGGACAACUGACACAUGCCUUUGAGCAAGAUAAAUUCUCAGCUUGGUAUGCCUAUGAUGACAGAGGGAGGAUGAUUUCAUGGAGAGAUUCACAGGAUAAUAUAACUCAACUCCUGUAUGCAUAUCCUCACACACCUGACCUUGUGUCACAUGUGCAUUUUCCAAAAACAGGAAGAACGUUCCGUCUUCUUUAUGAUGACAGGAAGUUCCUUAUUGCUGUGGAAACAUUAGAACAAAGGUUCUAUGUUGCCUGUGACCAAAAUGGCUCACCAUUGGCACUCUUUGAUAUAAAUGGAAACAUUAUUAAAGAGAUCCGACGAACUCCAUUUGGCAAAGUACAAAUGGACUCCAACCCUGACUUCUACUUGCCUGUUGAUUUCCAUGGAGGCCUGCUUGACCCUCAUACCCAAUUAAUUUACAUAAAUGGCCGUCUAUACGACCCCAGUAUAGGGCAAUGGAUGACACCUGCAUGGGAGGAACUAGCCAGCCAAUUAACAGCACCUACAGAUGUAUUUAUCUAUAGAUUCCACAAUAAUGAUCCAAUAAAUCCUCCUCAGAAGAGAGUCAACUACAUGACAGAUCUACAAAGUUGGCUCAACUUAUUCGGAUAUGAUAUAAAUAGUAUGCUUGGAUCAUUGUAUACAAGCAGUGCAGUUUAUCAUCCAGUUGCUUCUGUAAGGAACACACAGCUUGCACCUGAGUUUGCUGUUAUGUCUGGCUUGCAGUGUUUGGUGGACAAGGUCUCACAAAAGUUCUCAGAGUUAGGAUUUGUUCCUGAACCACUAUUAAAAAUGGAAAGUCGAACAAGAAAUUUAUUGCCAAGAGUUGCCUACCGAAGAGCUAUAUUUGGUGAGGGGGUGCUUAUUUCAAGAGGGCCUAGUGGACGUGCACUUGUCAGUGUUGUGGACAAUGUCAAUGGUGUUCUUCAAGAUGUUGUUACCUCAGUUUUCAACAAUUCCCAUUUCCUGGAUAUUCACUUCAGUCUACAUGAUCAGGAUGUCUUCUAUUUUGUGAAAGACAAUCCACUAAAAAUUCGUGAUGACAUGGAGGAAUUGAGGCGGUUGGGUGCAAUGUUUAAUGUGUCAACUCAUGAAACUGCUGAUCAUGGUCAAAGCGGAACAAAGGAGUUAAGAUUGCACAAUCCAGAUGCUGCAGUAUUCAUUCGCUAUGGAACUGAUCCAGAUGUAGAACGGCAGAGAAUUCUUAAGCAUGCACACAAGCGGGCUGUUGAACAAGCAUGGAAGUUGGAGAAAGCAAUUGUAUCUGCUGGAUUCCGCGGACGUGGUGAUUGGUCUCCAGAAGAAAGAGAAGAACUCAUUUCAAAUGGUGUUGUUGGUGGAUGGGAAGGUGUAGAACUGCACACUUUACAUCGUUAUCCUCAACUUGCGGAUGACCCAGGAAAUGUUGCGUUCAGAAGAGAUGCUAAUAGGAAACGCCGAAAGAGUGGAAAUGGGAAACAUCGUAUCCAUCGACAUGACUCAUGAUUCCGUUCCAUGUCUAAAUUUUGUUCAAAGACUGAUCUGUAUCUUUAAACGCAUGCAGUCAACUCUUGCUGAGUGUUGGCAGUAAUU